AGAUCCCAGUUCAAUCUGUUUCCUCUCACUCACACACGAAUUGAGCGAGAGACUGACUGAAACAUAUGGACCUGAAGACCAUGCCACAAUGGAUGCGGCUUCUGGUACCACUGGUCACGGUACCUUUCCACAUGGUGGUACUGUUGCUGGCGGCCGCCGUCGUUGCCAACAGCAUGCCGCCACCGAGCUCGGCUCCACGUUCCGGCUGCCCUAGCACGUGUGGCGAGGUGAACAUCACCUACCCGUUUGGCAUCGGCGACGACUGUGCCUGGCCAGGCGGCAGUGACAACUUCACCGUCACUUGCGACCAUAGCUACAGCCCCCCAAGACCAUACCUUUCGGUUUACGACAACCACCAUCUGUACGAGAUCAUCAACAUCUCAGUGGAGACGGGAGAGGUGCGGAUUUUCUCGGGGUUCGCGUCCAUCUGCUUCGCCUCGUCCAACACCACCGACGAAAUGAGAGGCUGGUACCUCAACUACAGCGGGUCGCCGUUCCUCGUCUCGCCGACGGGCAACCAGUUCACGGCCAUCGGAGGCAACACGCUGGCGUUCAUGGAAGGCAGGGAGGACCUGACCUACUACACCGGCUGCGUCACCUCCAGCAUCACCCUGGACGCCGCCGCUGGAGACGGCGACGACUGCACCGGGCUCGGCUGCUGCCAGACCAGGGUGGCGGGAAACCUUAGCUACGUCCACAUCUACUGGAAGAACAAUCUAGUCCAAACCCCCAUAAACAACGCGUGGAGCUACAGCCCCUGUGGGUAUGCCUUCUUGGCUGAGAAAGGAUGGUACAGAUUCAGCCGGCGAGAUCUUCUUCGCAACGGCACAGACACAUUCGCUAGCAGGGUCGGGAAGCGUUCUAUCCCAGUCGUGCUGGACUGGGCCAUCAGGAACGGUUCUUGUCAGUCGGCAUCAUCAGCAUGUGCCAGUUCCAACAGCUACUGUGUCAACGCCACACAAGGGCCUGGGUACCUGUGCAAAUGCUCCCAAGGAUACGCGGGCAAUCCCUACGCCACCGGCCCUGACGACGGCUGCACAAAUAUAGAUGAGUGUGCGCGGCCGACUGAUUUCCCAUGCAAUGGCGAGUGCAAGGACACCCAAGGAUCCUACGAAUGCAGCUGUCGUGCUGGCUAUGAGAGUGAUGGUGAUCCAAAGGAAAAGCCGUGCCGUCCAAAACUUUCUACUUCAGCGAAGCUUAUCAUAGGAAUCACUGUUGGUGCUUCCGUAUUGUUUUUCAUUAUCCUUGGGACUGGGGUAUGCUAUAUGCUGAAGCGGAUAGAACUGGAAGCGAUCGAAAGGAAGAAUGGAAGCGAGAAGCUUAAAAACGUGAGGACUCUACAAAUAUUCAGAAAAGAGGAACUCGACAAAAUAACCAUGAACAACUCGGUGCCUCUUGGCAAGGGAGGAUUUGGCGAGGUUCACAAAGGAGUUUUACCCGACAAGACCGAGGUGGCUGUCAAGGCCUCGAUCGAGGUGACUAAAGGUACGCUGGACAAGUUUGUGGAGGAAGUAGAGAUCCAGUCAGGGAUGAUGCACAAGAACAUCCUCAAGCUCCUGGGCUGCUGCCUGCGGGUCGAUGUCCCACUGCUGGUGUACGAGUACGCUGCCAAAGGGAGUCUCAAGGACCUUCUCCAUGGAAAAAACGACGAUGGCCAGCCGCGUGAGCCUCUGACGCUUAGGUCACGCCUAGACAUCGCCAUUGGGUGUGCCCAGGGCUUGGCUUACAUGCAUUCGUACACAGAAAAUGGCAUACAGCAUGCAGAUGUGAAGCCAGACAACAUACUCCUGGAUGGCGGGUUGGUCCCGAAGAUCUCCGACUUUGGGCUGUCCAAGGUUUCUGUGGUGGGCAAGGACUAUACCAAGAAUGUGGUAGGGUGUUUGCCUUACAUGGAUCCGGUGUACAAGGAAACAGGGAGGUUAACUCCGAAGAGCGACGUCUAUAGCUUCGGGAUUGUUCUCUUGGAGCUGAUCUCUAGAAGGCCCGCUGUAGAUGGUAGUGAAAGCAGCAUCGUCAGGCAGUUUAAGAGUGUUUAUGAACAAGCAGAUGAUAAUAACACUGGGAAGGAGUUGUUUGACAAGGAUAUUGCUGCUGAAGAAGAUAUACCUAUGCUUGAUGAAAUUGCCAAACUAGCCAUGAGGUGUUUGAAGGACAAUGUUAAUGAAAGACCGGCUAUGGUGAGUGUAGCGAGUGCGCUUGUGAUAUUGAAAGAUUCUUGGGAAGAAACAGGACAAGGGUUCUCUUCUCCUCCUCCUCCUCCUCCUCCAAUCAAGUAGCUAUUAAUUGUUUCCCAUGCCAUUUGCUUCAUGCUUUCUAUGUAAUAUAUUUUGUUAUCAUGCAUGAGUGUGUAAACAUGUACAGUAAGCUGUUAAUGGUUAUUGUAUGUUAAUGGUAGGAUAGGCGGGUCCACUAGUGUGAUCAGCUCCGUCUUUUGGCCACGACGGUCCAUAUGGAAAGGGAAAUGAAAGGGAAAGAAGUGGAGAGGAGGGGAGAAUAUCGAAUCA